AUCGUUCAUUGUUUAAAUAUGUAUUAGUAAUUUUCAUUGUAUUGCAUUAAGUAUUUGAACAGCAGCUAAUGUUUUACUUUCAAUAACAAUAAGAUGCUACAAGUUAUUGUACUAUCCUUACUCUUAUUUACAAGCACGUUUGGGCUAUAUGACGAAGACAUUGUUCAAGAUUAUGUAAAAUUGAUAACAGAAACAUUAGAAACUUCAAGAAAAUAUGAACAUCUGGAUAGUUCGCGAAAUUACGAAGCUCUUAAAUCUGGACCACCGAAAGUUUAUGGCGUAUUCGAUUUCAUAGUUGUUGGAUCUGGAUCAACCGGAUCGGUUGUAGCGAGCCGAUUAUCAGAAAUAUUGGAUUGGAAGGUUUUGGUACUCGAAGCUGGUGAAUUUGGAAAUAAUGUUACUGAAAUUACCGCCAUGGCUUAUAAAGCUACGAUCAAUAGUGAAUAUAAUUGGGGCUAUUACAGCAUUCCGCAAAAAAACAGUUGUUUAGGUUUUAAAGAAUCUCGUUGUCCCCAUAUUAGAGGUAAAGGAGUUGGAGGGACGUCUUUAAUAAACGCCUUAAUUUAUACAAAAGGUAACAGACACGAUUUCGAUAAGUGGUGUGCGUUAGGUAACAAAAAUUGGUGUUAUAAAGACGUUCUUCCUUACUUUUUGAAAUCGGAAAACUUCAACCCUACAGAUCCAACAGCUCCAGUUGAAGAAGAAUACCACGGUUAUAGGGGUGUUUUGAACGUGGAACACCCUAUGCCUAGAACUAGACAUUCUCAGAUAUUUUUAGAAGCAAGCGAGGCGAUGGGAUAUCCAAUAAGAGAUGUGAAUGGAAAAAAUCAAACAGGUGUAAUGGCUUUUCAAAUAAAUACUAAAUGCGGUAGGAGACAGGAUAGUGGUACUGCUUUUCUAAGGCCCGUAAUGUAUAGACGUAACUUGAAAGUUUUGACCAAUAGCUUGGUAACUAAAAUUUUAAUCAAAGAUAGAGAAGCUAAAGGAGUUUUAUUUUUAAAUAAAGGAAUUUUGUAUGAAGCUAUAGCGAGAAAAGAAGUUAUAGUUUGUGGAGGAACUAUCAAUAGCCCACAAUUACUUAUGUUAUCCGGAAUCGGACCCAAGAAGCAUUUACAAGAACAUAAUAUUCCAGUGGUACAGGAUCUAGCAGUAGGAAACUCUUUCUCUGACCACCUUCAAGUGUAUGGUUUAACUUUCUCCACCAAUUACACAGAGCCAGUUUCAAAUUUAAGAGAAGCCGUUGUAAACUAUUUAUAUAAAGGUACUGAUUAUUUAGCGGAAGCCCUUUCGUCACAAGCUGUCGGAUAUUACCAAACACACUUAGAACCGAUUGAAAAUUAUCCUGAUAUAGAAAUAAGUAUAUCAGACACGAAUAUAACAAUAGAAGCCAUGGAUACUUACGUUAGAAUGAAAGAAGAUAUAAAAUAUGUUACUAAAGGAAUUGACGGUUCGAAUUCUUUUAUAAUGCACGUAACUCCUUUACGUACUAAAUCCUUAGGUACGAUUCGAUUAAAAAGUUCCGAUCCUUUAGAAUACCCUAUUAUAGAUCCGAAUAUUUUAUCGGAUCCCGAAGGAUACGAUCUAGAAAGCGUUUACCUCGGUAUCGAAUUAGCAUUAAAUUUGACUAAACAAGAGCCGUUUAAGCGUAUUAACGCGAAAUUAGAGCUUAAACCGCUUAAACAGUGCAACAAAUGGAUAUUCAUGAGCAGAGAGUACUGGAAAUGUGCUAGUAGAUAUUUAGUUUCACACAACAAUCACCCGGUUGGUACUUGCAAAAUGGGACCGAAUCCGAAACAAGGUGAUGUGGUUGACAACGAGUUAAAAGUCUACGGGAUAAAAAAAUUGAGAGUGGCCGAUGCAAGUGUUAUUCCUCUCUCCACUUCUAGUCAUAUUAAUGGCGUUUGCUACAUGAUUGGUGAAAAAUUAGCCGAUAUAAUCAAAACUACUUAUAAUAAAAUAUGAUACUGUAUAAUAUUACGUAAUAAAAAGUGAUUUUUUUGACGUAUAAA